CUCUCACAGUUCAACGGAGAAGUCAACAAUAACCCACAAAGUCACAUAAGCCCUAGUCGGGUGCCUGGGUCUUCUAUUUUUGUUGCCAUGGUAUCGAAACAGAUGCCUCCUAAAGCCAAGCCUGCAGGGAAAGGCAGAGCUCCGGCUAAGAGGAAGCUGGCAGAAGAGUUCCCCCCCGGAGAGGUCCUCACUGACACGGGGAAGAAGUCCUGGAAGCUGGGGGCUCCUAUCGGCCAGGGAGGCUUUGGGCUCAUAUACUUGGCGGAGGAGAACUCUGCCAAAUCUGUGGGUGUGGACGCUCGAUACGUUAUCAAAGUGGAGCCCAGCGAAAACGGUCCUCUGUUCUCUGAGCUCAAGUUUUACAUGCGAGCUGCUAAACCUGAUCUGAUUCAGAGCUGGAUGAAGACUCACAAACUCAAGUGUCUGGGGGUCCCGAGGUACUGGGGCUCAGGUCUGCACGAGAGAGGGGGGAAAAGGUACAGGUUCAUGGUCAUCGACAGGCUCGGCACAGAUCUACAGAAGAAGUUUGAAGAAAGUGGAAAAAGGUUCCCCAGAAAACUGGUGCUGCAGCUCGGCCUUCGACUGCUGGACACUCUGGAGUACAUCCAUGAACAUGAGUAUGUGCACGCUGACAUUAAGGCAUCAAACCUCAUGCUGAGCCACAGUGAUCCCAACCAGGUGUAUUUAGUCGAUUACGGGCUGGCGUACAGGUUCGCCCCUGACAGCGUCCCAAAAGAGUACAAAGAAGACCCAAAGAGGUGUCACGACGGCACCAUCGAGUUCACGAGCAUCGACGCCCACAAAGGAGCGUCUCCUUGCAGGCGCAGUGACCUGGAGAUCCUGAGUUACUGCAUGGUUCAGUGGCUGUGUGGACGUCUGCCCUGGGAGGACAAGCUGGGCGACCCGCUCUACGUCAGAGACUCUAAGCUCAGGAGCAGAGACAACAUCUCUGAAUUCAUGACCAAGUGUUUCUCCUCUCAAGACAAGCCAGAUGAGAUCCAGAGGUUCAUAGAGGAGGUGAAAUCUGUGGGAUAUCUGGACAAACCAGCGUACGAGAAGCUCCGCUCCAUCCUGCAGGCCGGACUGAAAACAAUCCAGGCUAAAGAUGACGGAAAGCUGCAGUUCACUGCCGACAAUGGAGCUGUACCUCCUCCUGCAAAGAAAACCACCAAGAGAAAGAAAGUCCCAGAAGAAGCCGACGAGAGCGAGACUGAUGGAAGUCCCAUCAAGAAGAAGAGAGCAACAAAGAAAAAAGAAAAAAACGUUGUGAAGAAAAGUCCCAAGAAAAGUCCCACAAAAACUCCCAAAACAAAGAGGGUCCCCAGCACCCAAAACAGGCUGACCCUAAAUAAGAUUGGGGUGGAGAUGGGGACUCAGACGUCACCCGGACUCGCCCUGAGGACGAGGAGACCCAAAAAGACUAGCUCAUAAAGAUCAGCCUGUUUUCUGCACUCCUCCUCUGUAUGUUCUCUUUCUUUAAAAAUAAACUUUUAUAUGUUUUCUUUUUCUGUUAUACACUGAGAGAUGUUCACGUUUUAUGUAUGAAAUGAGUUCAAAACCACAUUUAUUGUAAUAAAGAGGAAAUGAAAUAC